CGGCCCGGCCGCCAGUGCCAUAUAGUAUGCAGCAACCGGAGGAGUCACGUUGGGGGAACGGCAGAAAGCAGCUAUCCGUUUACACUACUUUGCUCUAGCAGCUAUCUUAAUGAUUGCAAGUGCGGCGGACAUCAAGCAGGAGAAUGGGAUGGAAAGCGCCUCGGAAGGGCAGGAGGCGCACCGAGAAGUGGCGGGGGGCGCGGCGGUGGGGCUGAGCCCCCCGGCUCCGGCCCCUUUUCCCCUGGAGCCGGGGGACGCCGCGACUGCUGCUGCCAGGGUGAGUGGCGAGGAAGGGGCAGUGGCGACGGCGGCGGCCGGAGCGGCGGCGGAUCAGGUACAACUCCACUCGGAACUUCUGGGCAGGCACCACCACGCCGCCGCCGCCGCGCAGACCCCGCUGGCCUUCUCGCCAGACCACGUCGCCUGCGUAUGCGAGGCACUGCAGCAGGGGGGCAACCUGGACCGCCUGGCCCGGUUCCUGUGGUCCCUGCCCCAGAGCGACCUGCUACGUGGCAACGAGAGCCUGCUGAAGGCGCGGGCGCUCGUGGCCUUCCACCAGGGCAUCUACCCCGAGCUCUACAGCAUCCUCGAGAGCCACAGCUUCGAGUCGGCCAACCACCCGCUGCUGCAGCAGCUCUGGUACAAGGCGCGCUACACCGAGGCCGAGAGAGCCCGCGGCCGGCCGCUGGGAGCCGUGGACAAGUACCGGCUGCGCAGGAAAUUCCCCCUGCCCCGCACCAUCUGGGACGGCGAGGAGACGGUGUAUUGUUUCAAGGAGAAGUCGCGCAACGCGCUCAAGGAGCUCUACAAGCAGAAUCGCUACCCUUCGCCCGCCGAGAAGCGGCACCUGGCCAAGAUCACCGGCCUCUCCCUCACCCAGGUCAGCAACUGGUUCAAGAACCGCCGGCAGCGCGACCGGAACCCCUCCGAGACCCAGUCCAAAAGUGAGUCAGAUGGCAACCCCAGCACUGAAGAUGAAUCCAGCAAGGGACAUGAGGAUUUAUCUCCUCACCCACUCUCCAGUUCAUCUGAUGGCGUCACCAACCUCAGCCUUUCCGGUCAUAUGGAGCCAGUAUAUAUGCAACAAAUUGGAAAUGCUAAGAUAUCAUUAAGCUCUUCUGGAGUUCUGUUGAAUGGAAGCUUGGUACCUGCAAGUACGUCACCUGUCUUCCUUAAUGGAAAUUCUUUUAUUCAGGGACCCAGUGGAGUUAUCCUUAAUGGAUUAAAUGUGGGAAAUACACAGGCAGUGGCUUUGAACCCACCAAAAAUGUCAUCAAACAUUGUGAGCAAUGGUAUAUCCAUGACUGACAUACUGGGGUCUACCUCCCAGGAUGUGAAGGAAUUCAAAGUCCUCCAGAGUUCUGCUGCUAACUCAGCAGCCACCACGUCCUACAGCCCCAGUGUCCCUGUCUCAUUCGCAGGGCUGAUACCCAGCACUGAGGUGAAAAGAGAAGGCAUUCAAACAGUGGCUUCCCAGGAUGGGGGCUCUGUAGUGACUUUUACUACACCAGUGCAAAUUAACCAGUAUGGGAUUGUCCAGAUCCCCAAUUCUGGUGCAAACAGCCAGUUCCUUAAUGGGAGCAUUGGAUUCUCUUCACUGCAGCUGCCCCCUGUGUCAGUGGCAGCUUCACAAGGUAAUAUUUCAGUAAGUUCAAGCACUUCAGAUGGGAGUACAUUUACAAGUGAGUCGGCCACAAUCCAGCAAGGAAAGGUUUUCUUGAGCUCCCUUGCUCCCAGUGCAGUGGUAUACACGGUUCCUAAUUCAGGCCAGACUAUAGGAUCUGUGAAACAGGAAGGCUUGGAGAGGAGCCUGGUAUUUUCUCAGUUGAUGCCUGUCAAUCAGAAUGCACAAAUAAAUGCAAACCUAUCUUCUGAAAACAUCUCGGGGAGUGGCCUCCAUCCACUGGCCUCCUCGUUAGUUAAUGUAUCUCCAACUCACAGUUUUUCCCUCAGUCCCCCUACACUACUAAAUCCCACUGAGCUAAACCCUGACAUUGCCGAUAGCCAGCCAAUGUCUGCACCAGUGGCAAGCAAGUCUACUGUGACAUCUGUCAGCAACACUAACUAUGCAACUCUUCAGAACUGCUCCCUUAUUACUGGUCAAGACCUAAUGUCAGUCCCUAUGACUCAGGCUGCCCUUGGGGAAAUAGUUCCUACAGCUGAAGACCAGGUAGGUCACCCCUCCCCAGCAGUACAUGAGGAUUUUGUCCGAGAACAUCGUUUGGUUCUGCAAUCGGUAGCUAACAUGAAAGAGAAUUUCUUACCAAAUUCUGAGAGCAAAGCAACAAGUAGCUUAAUGAUGCUGGACUCUAAAUCCAAGUAUGUCCUAGAUGGCGUGGUUGAUACUGUCUGUGAAGACCUGGAAACAGACAAAAAAGAGCUCGCCAAGCUCCAGACUGUCCAGUUGGAUGAAGAUAUGCAAGACUUAUAAACUUUAUUUCCUCCUCACCUCUUUUUGGCAUCAGCGGCAAAUCUUUUCAUGAAGCCUCAAGGACACAACACAUUUUCCCAUUUAAAGGAAAACACUCUAGUUUUGCAAGUAUAUGCAUAUGAGAGACUUUAGAUUGAUCUGCAUGAAGAUCACACUUAAGUAUACAGGAGUAGAACUGCAUUAUUGCAGCCUUUUUUUCACUUACAAUGUUCUCUUUUAAAUAGAUGGAGACAAAGGAACAAGGUGAAAUGUGUCAAGUCAAAGUGAAUCAUUUAGUUGACUCAAUAUAACUCUUAAGGUCAAAAUGGAACUUGAUAGUUUUUAAAAUUAAAAAUGUAUAUACCUAACAUAGAAAAUUAAAGAUAGCUGCAGACCAUUAGAAAUAAUACAAUUGUUUUUGUUUACUUUUACUUCAUGGGCAUUGAAAAGGUUAAGAAACAUAAAUGGUACGUAUUUUUAAAGUUAGGUAGCAUACAUAUAUAUACACACACACACACCUCUCGUUUUCAGCAUUUUUAAAGAAAGUCUUGGGUUAAGUCUCAACACAUUUCCAAAUGUGAUUUCUAAUAGCUCAGUGUGGCUGAGAAAGUUCGGAACUCCACUAAAAACUCUGAAACUUCAGUAUGAAUGUAAAUAUAUCAGUUCUGUAAGCAGGAUUUGAGUAAUUACAGUGAAUUUUAUUUAUACUGUAUAUGUUUCUCUUCAGGCGCUAUGAACUGAAAAAGAAAUGUUUUCUUACUGUUUAAUUUAUUUUUAUUGUUUGAACAGGAAGUGAACACAGUUGUUUCCAACAAAGUUAUACUUUUUGUAGGAUUUUUAAAAUAAUGAUUUUUAAAACCAGGAAUCUAUUAAGGUCAAUAUUAAUAACACUGAAACAGGAAAUCUAACUCCCAAUAUUGGAAUUUUGCUACUUUUUUUCACAACCUUGUUCUUUAUUUAGCAACUCUCCAAUUCAUUUAAAUAUGUUUUCUAUGGAAUUCUAUGUGCCUUUUUACCUUGUGGCCUUUUAUUAGUAGUAAGGUACAGAAGUGUCAACAGAAGCACUGAUGGUUCUUUUCUACUCUCUAUCUAACAGGGUUAAUUUCACCACAAAAUUGCUUUAAAUCUGAAGAACUUAAGUUUCACCAAAUAUUAUAUAUGACAUUUAUUACACAAAUGGAUAAACAACUAAUGAUUGUGGAUGCUUUCAUUAUAAGGAAAAUAAUAAAGUUAUAGAUACCAUGUAAAAGCGAUUAUACAGGCUAUGAAAACCAUUUCAAAGUAAAGAAAAUAUGUAAAUUCUGUUAAGCAAAAUUCUUUCCUGUUGAAACUUAGUUCUAAAUGUUUUGAAUCAAUUGUUACACUCUGACACAUGACUGUUGUUUGCACUAUAUUGUCAUGUCUUCUUUAAAAGUAAAUAUUUUGGGUUUCUCUAAGAAGCUUGUUUAAUAAUGUUGUAAGCUGUGGCUAUAGUUUUAUCAGGACUCUGAACACAGAUGAAACAAUGCGAAUACAUUUAUGUAGUAAGUAAAGUUACUGUCUAGUCUCUGAAAAGCAAGAAAAGUGAGAAAAUAAUUUCUUCAGAGAUAACUUAAAGUUGCUGAACAUAAAAAUGUUAGCACAUCUUGCUUUUUUCUAUGAUUAGAACAAAGAGCCCACUCUAGUUCUCUACACGUCAAUCAACCAAGCAUGUUGAAUAAGGGACAUAGGGGAUUUAACUUUUGUUAUUACAAAUUGAAUUUGCAGGUAUAUAUGAAGAACCCUAUGAAGAAUUUCUCUCCCAUCAUUUUGAUAAAGAACUACAUCAUUUUUUGAUAGAAUUGGUGAAUGUUCCUAAACUGCUGACGCUACAUGUUUUUUGUUUUACAAGUCACAUGUUUUAGAGUUCUUUUCCACUCUACUACUACUUAUACAGCUUGUUUUUUCUUUGAGUGUGUGCUGAUCCUGUUACUGAGAUUAAUUACAUGGCUCUGUAGUGUAGUUUACAUGAAAAUGAUGUUUUCCACUUGAUUGCUGCAGGUAUCAAGAGUUUGUUAAUUGUUUUCAAAUACUCAUUCAAUAAGAGAAAUGGGAAGGUUUUUAAAGUUAUAUAUGCUACAUAUAUAUAACUGGAAAUGUUUUAUAUGUUUUCCUAAAAUAUAAUAAGCCUCUCUUUUAUUCAGCGUUCUUCCUCUUUCUCCCUUAAGAAAAAGAAAAGAUAGCACAAAACUUAAGACUUACCUAGAAAACCUAUUCAUACUCCCAUCAUGAUGUAAUAAUAACCCUACAAUUACUUCAGGUAGCUAUACAAUAUACCAGGUAAGAAUCAAUGCAUAUUGUAAAGAACUUACUGUUCUUUUCUAUUCUUUCAAUAAAAUAAGGGUCAGUUGGUAUGUAGCCCAUGUAUAUGUGAAUGGAGUAAGAUAAACCCCAUGAUCUCCUUGCACAGAAUUGCAAAUGUCUUUUGCCAUACCAAGGGCCAGACACAGAACCCUUGGAGUUCAUAUGGCAGAAUUUCCCUCUUACAUAAACCAAUGCUUGAAGAUGCUGCAAAUGACCCUCUAAUGAUCCCUGAAGAUCAAAAUAGGGGUAAAUAACUCCCUGCAAAACCCAACCCAUGCUGCUGGCUGUGGGAUUUUUGGUGUAAGCCUAUCUAUGCACUCUAUCAGCCAGAAUUUGGCAUUUAGCUCUUAGUUAAAUCUAGUAAAGGACAGUCUAUUGUUUAAAGAGAGGGUGCAAUUGUUCCUCAAUCAAGCAAGAGCACCUGUGUUGUACUGCUUUAUAUCUCAUGUAUAUUUAUAGUAAUGAAAAGACUUCUUGAAUUGUACACAUUUCAGUGCCUUUCCAGUGUUAUGAAAGGCAGGUAGAUAUUAUAGCCCUAGGUAAGAAUCCAUAGUUAAAUUGCACACUGACCUUAAAUCUCUCUGUAUAUGCCUUGUAUCUUGCAUGUUAAAAGUUGGAUUAUUGGGCAUGUGUGGCAGCCUGCCCUGCUACAUGCUAGACAAGUGCAUUAGUAUAUAGCCACAAGUUCUUCAUUCUCUAAAAUGUUUUGACAGAUCAUCUCAUAAUAAAAAUAAUUCAAGGAAACUAUGGGGAAAAGAAUUACAUUUCACAAAAGAUGUUUUAAACUCUUAGUAAAACUUAGAUAAUAGAGCUUAGCAGUUACUUUGUAUCUAAUUGAUACAUUUCAUGUUAAUUUACAACCAUACAUUUUAUUAAUCAAAAUUAUAUAGCAUGUGACUCUUUUGGCUUUCAGGGUUCUCAAAAAAAUUAUUCUUUUGUUGCAUGUACUGUAUGUUUAGAAGCAACCAGUUAUAUACUCAAUAUGGUUUUACUGUGCCUUACACAAAGAGAAACUCUAUACAGAAUGUAUAUCAUAGGGUGGGGUAACAGAGUCUUUACUGCACUGUUAGGUGAUGGCACACAGAGCAUGUCCCAGAACAUUUCUGUGCUUAAUUACCCAACCAAAGAGAUCUAAAGUAUGUAUGUUGUACUGUAAUGGGGGUUUAAUGCCUGGACAAUUAAGUGUUUUAUUUGUUUUCUGAAAUGAUGUGAACUUAUUUUUCUAAACACUAUGCUAAAUAAACUUUAUAUUUAUACA